AGGCGCAGAUUCCUAGCUAGCUAGAAAGCAAGGUGUCAUGUUGAUUGCCGCCCAUACUGGAUAUGAUAAUCUCCAAAAUAGGAUUAUACAGAACUCGUCAAAGAUUUCCGAUGCGAACUGUUUUUCCAUCGUCGCAUUCUACUCUUCUUUUCUGAUUGAACGAGCUUUUACGUCGUCAGACAUAGAUAUGUGAUGUCAUGCAAUAUCAACCGAGCAAGCCAGCCUGCGGUGUGGAACGUGUAAUGUGGCGAGGUAGCUAAGAACCAGUACCAGAACCAGUUUAUGCAUAGAUUUUCAAAAUAGAUAAUUAAACUGUCUCGUUCAAAGAGGAUUAGUUUCGAAAACAAUUCGGAGGUCGUUUGCCAAUAUCGGUCUUGUGUCAUUAUAAAGGCAAUUUGGGGGAAUCGAGGAGUGUUUACGUCUCCCUCGCGAGGAAGUGGGAUGUGGCCAGCCUGUAUUUAUGCUGCCGUUCAAGAUAUGAAAAUCAUUGUAGCAGUGGUUUUGAAGCCUCGCUACAUAGUAAAUAAAACGGGAUACUCGGCACUGGACGAUAGCCCCUUUGAUAAAUUCGAUGACUACUCCUACAUCCUUCGAAAUUGUUCGGGGGUAUCUCUGAUUACAUAAUAUCAAUAUGUGAAUCUGACAGGCUACCUAUACAUUUUUUUGGAACACCAUUUAUUGAUCGCGAAUGUCAACUCAACAUCAGAUAAUGGACUCAUCUUUAGCUCUGGGAAGACUGGAACUGAACAGCCCCAUGGUCAAACGCGGAACUCGGCUCUCCGGCGGCCCGGUGAAGGAGAAGAGCGUCCAGCCGAGCUUGCAGGCUCACCUGAACGGAUGUGUGCCGCUUUCUCAUCAAGUGGCGGGUCAUAAGUAUGGCGUUGAUAAAGUUGGUAUAUUACAGCAUCCGGAUGGUACCGUACUGAAACAGCUGCAGCCCCCUCCUCGAGGCCCUCGGGAGAUGCAGUUCUACUGCAUGGUUUGUGAUGCAGAUUGUCGUGACCCGUGUCUUCUGGAACUUCAGAAACACCUACCCAAGUACUUUGGAACCUGGUCAUAUCCUGACACACCCAACGACCUAUACCUGAAGCUGGAGGACGUGACCAGGCGCUUCCACAAGCCCUGCAUCAUGGACGUGAAGAUCGGCCAGCGCAGCUACGACCCGUUCGCCUCGCAGGAGAAGCGCGAGCAGCAGGUCAGGAAGUACCCUCUCAUGGAGGAGAUCGGCUUCCUGGUCCUGGGCAUGAGGGUGUACAAGCUGGGCUCUGACAGUUAUGACUCAUAUGACCAGCACUACGGACGCGGCCUGGUGAAGGACACCAUCAGAGACGGUCUAUCUAAGUUCUUCCACAACGGGCUGGGUCUGAGGAGAGACGCUGUGUCGGCCAGUAUCCUGAAGGUUCAGAAGAUCCUCCAGUGGUUCGAGGAGCAGAGUCAGCUCACCUUCUAUGCCAGUUCGCUGCUCUUUGUCUACGAGGGCCUGCCCACCCCCAAUCCCAGCCCUGGGGGGCUCCUCCACCACCCCAGAUCCCCCCUGGAGAACAACGCCACCUCCUUAUUGGAUGCUGAUGGUGACGCCGACCAGGAAGAGGAAGUGGUGGAGUACAACAACAACGUCCAGGUCGGCGUGCCGCUGGACUACAGCCAGUCCACCACAUACGCCAUGCACAAGAAAGGGUGUCCCAAGGGCCAUCACCACGGCAAAGGGCCCACCGUCAACGCCUCUGCCGCCGUCGGCGACGAGGACAUCACAGCGCCCAACACCAUGGAGGACAACACCGCCUGGAAACGACCGGACGCCACGGAGCAGCCAAACGGCAACGGUUGUCAGGGGCAACUGGAAGGAGAGGGGGAGGAGGGGGUGGAACAGGGGGAGGGGGACGAGGGGUCAGCAUUGGAGGAGAAGGAGAAGGACAGCCUCAGCAGCAGUGUUAGUGGGGAGGUGGAGGUGAGGAUGAUCGACUUUGCCCACGUGUUCCCUUCCGACAGCCAGGACCAUGGAUACGUCUAUGGCCUCAGACACUUACUGAUGGUCCUCCAGCAGAUCCUGGACCAGCCCUAGACCCUCUCAUCCCUGAUGGUCUUUAAUGGUGCGUGUGUGUCCUUGAGUGUGUGUGUGUGUGUUGUACUGUAGUCUGUGAGUGUGCGGAUGACUUCCAGGCCACCUCCCUAAACCUAAUGUUCUGCACUAUAUGCACUAUCCAUGAAGGCAUUACAGUCCUGCUCUCUCCCUAGAGACCGUCUCUAGAUGGUCUCAGCCAUUCCUAAUUCAGUAUGCAGUAGAGAUGGUCUUGAGAUAUCUAUUUUCUACAGCAGCUCUGGAUAUGCAGAUGCUAAGAUUCGUAAAAUAACAACUUUUAAGUUUUGGAUUAUGGUUAAAAGGAUGGCGAGAUUAAGGUAAGAGUUAAAGCUUAAAUUGAUAGUCAAUCAUCUGUUGAGCCAUCUUUAGGCGGCGCUAUCAUGGCAUAAUGGCACGUUGUUUGUCUAUAGCUCUUCGAUGUGUGUGUGUGUAUUAGUUUGUUUUUAACCACUGUUGACAGGUAUCUAACUCAGGUAAACAACUGUAUUCAACACUCAGAGACAGAACCCUCUAACGUAAACUGUCAACCAGCCCACAAAUACUAUCUGCUAUGUUUUAUAGGAUUGAAUCAGUCUUUGUUUUAAAACCUUUUCAUUCCUUGUGGUUCCUUAAGGUUUCUGAUGGAGUCUUUUUUUUUAUUGAUCUCUUAACAUUAGCUAUAAUUAUAGGUGAAGUACUUUUUAAUGACGCUGUUAUUAUCAUGUAGUUCUAUAUUUUGCUGCCAAAUCACCUGCUCUUUGAGAAUCUGUGUUCUUACAGUGACAUUUGUGUGCGGUUCACCGAAGAUCAGUUUCUAGAAUGUCGCCCCCUCUGUCAUGUGACGUGUCUGUGUAAGGAUCCAGAGGGUCAUAGGAAAAUGCAAUAGGUUGUUGUGAUGACAAUGAAUUAAUCAAGCUGACCAGGCAGAAAUGGAGAGAGAGUUGAUGAGAUUGUUGGAGUGUCUGUUGGUCAGAAGAAUAGAAUGCCAAAGUCGCGUUUUUUUUGUAUUUAAUUUCUUUUAUCAGAGCGAAAGAUAGAAGGCUUUGUGGUUUCCAGGGUGAUUUGCCUUUCUUAAGCACUGGUCUGUGAUCAGCUGUCCUUUAUCCAGCACAACUCUUAACUAUGAGAGGGGAAAGCAUACAGCUGGCCUGAGACGAGUGCCCAGAGGUCGGCUUAACCUACGAGAGCACCAAGCCUUCCACCAUGAGGCCUAGAGGGAAUACUGGUGAAUACUGGUGAAUACUGGUCCACGUGUUGCUGUUGUCUUAACCCAGAACAUGCUUCCAAAGUUUCAUCUCCUUCCAACAUUGACUGUAUUUAGUUGCACAGAGCUGCUGUCCUCUCUGACUCUCCCUAAAUCUCAUUGAUCGCUAUACACGUGUUGUUUAUUUUCAUUUUAAUCAAACAUAUGCAUAUAUUGACCCUACUUUUUAUGUUGCUUGAAAGUAUGAUUUAUUGCAGUUGUAUCUGAUGAAAUCUUAAUUUGUUGCGAUGUAAAAUUACCUUGAUAUUUCUGUAUGAUUUUAAAGGUAUGUUGCACCCUAUAGAGUCUGCCGGUCUAAUCUAUGAAUUGGUUGAUUUGUGGCACAUCAGAAGCAAUCUCGAGGACCUUGGCAGUUAGAGAGAUGUUUACAGUUGAAAGAUGAGCAUUUGUGUUUCUCUGUCGUCACUGCCUUAUUUACUGUCACUCCAUUAGCCCCCUCUGAAAACAGUGUAUCACACAGGCAGCUUUGUGAGGAUACUCUCAACACGCCAACUCAACGUGUUGUCGUUGUGUUGUUGUAUCACACUCACAACAUCACCCAGCAGCUUCGGUGUUUCUCCACAGGGCAUUGUUUGUUUGUUUGUUUGUUUGUUUGAUUAGUAAGAACAAAUCUCUCAGUUAUUGAUUAGGAAGAGAAAAGGGCAUUGUUGAUUAUUAUGCAGCCCUCAACGACAUGGUAACAUUCCCACCUUGCCUCUGUGUCCUGUUCCACAUUCUGAUGGGGCUUGUUGAAUGUGGACGUGGAAUGUGUGAACCGUCCAGACCACAUUCUAAGGCAGGAGCCGGGUGGGCCGGCGUGAACGCAUAAGAACCACUAUGGUUGGAACAGGAGUGUGGGCUUGAGAACGGUCAACCGUGUCUUGUUGAAGAUUGAUUUUCAAGCUGGUCUACAAAGAAUUGAAAUCUCUUGUUUACAUUCUAUUGAUUCUAUUUGAUUCAUCGGGGUAAAAUGUGUCUUUGUAGUUGUCGUGUCAUGACGAUGCAUUAUGGCCAAGUAAUGAACACACGGCCCAUGUGAAGGCCAGGAACCUAACCAUGUUUGUUUUGUUUGCUGGAGUCUUCUAUUCUUACAUUUUUGUAUCAAUGAUGCACUGAAAACAAAUGAAUAAUAAAUGUAGAACAUAUAUUUUGAACCCUUUGCUGUGAACUAACCAAUGACUUACAGUGUGAGGGGCCCAGCGUCAUUCUUAGAGAACACCUCGCUAAAAUAUGGAUGGCCGAAAGGGUGUAUUAUUCAUAUUAGGUUAGACUGGAUUUGUAUCUGAUAAAUUGAGCCAAGCAGAAGAGUUUUCCUUAUUGUAUAUAGAAAAUACUUAAUUGAUAUACUAAAUUCUGCAACAAAUCACUUUAUUUUUUAUUUAGCAACAAACUGUAAAAGUUUAUCAGACGGUUUGAUUGAUGGAAUUGUUUGUCAGUGUGUUCUCCCAGUUUGUUCUUGUCGUUCAUGGGUUACCAGCAAACCUCUGGAGAGAGUUCCCGUCGUGCCUUUCUCCAGAUGGACUGGAAUAUGCCUUGCAGAACACAGGUGUGGGUCACAUGGUUUUUGAAGCCCUUUUGAGUUCUGGGCUUGACUGAUGGAAUCAAUGGAAUGUUGUGCAUGAUGACGGUAUAAAGCAUGUCCAUCUAGCACAUGCCCAUUGUGUUAUUUGAAAGGAGGAUUUCAAAACCUGUUUGAACCCAUGUCUGAAAUAGUUUUGUUUUUUUCUGAGUGGUGUCCAUGGUUUCUCCACUGUCAUCUUCCCCUCCCAGUGCUGACCUCGACAGGAACAGGAGAGGCAGAAGAGGAAGUGAUUUGAUCUACUGUGUCUCUCUCAUAUCGGAAUCAGAUUGAAAUGGACUAAUUACUACUAUUUUGUAAAUGACCUAUAUGUAAAUGUAUAAUAUGUAGACGGACCCAAUAAUGGCUGUAUAUUUGGCAGAUUAUUAUUACUAAUAAAACUAUUCCCAAUGACAAA